GACGCUUUUUUAUUUUUUUAUUUUUAUUAUUAUUAUUAAAAUAUAUUAAUUCGUUUCAUAAUGAGUGAUGAUCAAAUAAAGACUUUUGGAGAAGAUGAUGACUAUGUCCCGUAUGUGCCUAUUAAACAAAGACGUUUAGAAAAAAUCCAUAAAUAUGCAACUCAACGACGCAUCGUAGAUCAACCUGAAGAUGAUGAGCAAGAAACAGUUACAGCAGGACCGAGAGCUAAUAUGAGUUUGUUAGAUCAAACUGUUCAACAAAGAUUAUCAAAUGUUAUACCAGAGAAAACGGAAGAGGAAAAAAGAUUGGAAGAAGAGAAAAGAAUCGAAAAGGCUCAAGCUUAUCAUAAAGCUUUAGUGUCAGUUCAAGAAUCAGCAACUGGUAUAAAAUAUACAGAGCCUAUAAAGACAUCUUGGAAUCCACCUCACUACAUUCGUAAUCGAACAGAAGUAGAUCAUCAAGCCAUACGUGAUAAAUAUCAUAUUAUUAUUGAAGGAGAGGAGCCAGUACCUCCCAUUACUCACUUUGGUGAUAUGAAAUUACCUGAUCCUAUUUUAAAGUAUUUAAAAGAGAAAAAGAUUGAAAGGCCUUCACCUAUUCAAAUUCAGGGAUUACCUGUAGCAUUAAAGGGACGUGAUAUGAUUGGUGUUGCAUUUACUGGAUCUGGUAAAACACUCACAUUUUCAUUACCUUUAGUUAUGUUUGCUUUAGAAGCAGAAGUUAGAUUGCCUCUAGUACAAGGAGAGGGGCCAAUUGGUAUGAUUCUUUGUCCUUCUCGAGAAUUAGCAAGACAAACGUAUGAUGGAUUAAAUGGUAUAGCAGAUGCAUUAAAGAGAGGAGGAUAUCCUGAAUUAAGAGCUUUACUAUGUAUUGGAGGUAUAAAUAUGCGAGAUCAGCAAGAUGUUUUAAACAGAGGCUUUCAUAUGUUGGUAGCUACUCCUGGUAGAUUAUUAGACUUGUUGAGUAAAAGGAAGUUUAAUUUAGAUAACUGUAAAUAUUUAUGUAUGGAUGAAGCAGAUAGAAUGAUUGAUAUGGGGUUUGAAGAUGAUGUUAGAGAAAUUAUGUCGUAUUUCAAGAGUCAACGUCAAACUUUAUUAUUUUCUGCAACUAUGCCAAAAAAGAUUCAAGACUUUGCUUUAUCAGCAUUAGUUAAGCCUAUGGUAGUGAAUGUAGGUCGUGCAGGUGCAGCUAAUUUAGAUGUUAUUCAAGAAGUAGAAUAUGUUAAACAAGAAGCCAAAAUGGUCUAUCUUUUAGAAUGUUUACAAAAGACACCACCUCCUGUCCUUAUAUUUGCUGAAAAUAAGAAUGAUGUAGAUGAUAUACAUGAAUAUUUAUUGUUAAAGGGAGUAGAAGCAGUAGCCAUUCAUGGUGGAAAAACUCAAGAUGAACAUGUUUUAGUAGCUACAGAUGUUGCAUCUAAGGGUCUCGAUUUUCCAGAAAUUAAACAUGUUAUUAAUUUUGAUAUGCCAAAAGAAAUAGAAGAUUAUGUACAUCGUAUUGGUCGUACAGGUCGUAGUGGUAAAACUGGUAUUGCUACAACAUUUAUUAAUCUCAAUUGUUCGGAGCAAAUUCGUUUGGAUUUAAAGCUUUUAUUAAAAGAAGCAAAGCAACGUAUUCCACCAUUUUUAGCAGCCAUGGAAGAUCCUAUGGAGAAAUAUGGCAGUCUAGCAGGCGGAUGUUCGUUUUGUGGUGGCUUGGGUCAUCGUAUUAAUGAUUGCCCCAAAUUAGAGCAACAACGUAAACUUCAAAUGAGUUCAAUGACAAGCCGACAUAUUGGUGGUGGCUCCUUUUAAUCUUCUUUUUAAAGAAAAUUCUCGAAUAGAAGAGUUUAAAGCUUC